CCGCUAACGGAAUUUGCUACUUCUGCUACGACCGGCAUAGGCGUCGAAAUGAUCUGUUUUGUCCGCACCAGCCGUGAUAGCAUUUAAUGAUCCAGAUUUCCUUCUUGAACAACCCUAUAUUUCGCAAUCGAGUGUUCUUUUCGCUCUUGCCACAGGUUAGUACCACCGACGCCUUUUUAAAGUACGAUCGUAUCCAUCAUGGCCGCGCACUAUACGACAAAGGACUUAUAUGGCCCUGGCACAUUUGUUGAUGAUGAUUUUAUCGGUGUACCCAGCGAUGCACGCAGGCUGUUGAGAUACUUGGCUGCUAUCACCCCAGGCUUUACGACUGAGGAGGCUGCCUUAAACGAUGUCGAAUUUUCUGGGGAAGAUCUACCUCUUAUUCCAGGACCCCUCAAAUCGCAGGUCUUUACCGCUGUUCUGCAUGCAAUGAUAGGAGUUGUUGCCAAAGAGAUCAGCACACUUAAAGGCGUCGAAACAGGUAAAAUUCACGUCGACACUGACAAAUGUGGUUUGUACCCAGCCACUGUAGCCCUUGUCAGUAUCGACGGGAAAGGCAUCGGUGAUAUCAAGACCGAUGGCACCCUCACUAAAGCCAGUUUGGAUGUUGAUAAGGGCUGCGUCAGCAAGAAUCACAUGUAUGUCCGCUCGUGGGCCAUCUACCCAACUCAGGAUCCCCAAGUCUGGUACCAGUUGAUGAGUAACCUCAACGCCCCAGCAUUCUUCAAGGCCUACGGCAUUGACGGUGAAGCCCCUGUAAAAACCAGAGAAGAGGCCUAUGAGAUGAUCAAAUCGACCAUCUCCAAGUAUUCGGCCGCCGAGCUUGACAUCAAGAAUAUGGAGAACGGAUUCUGUGGGCAGACAUGCUUCACACCACAACAUUGGAGAGAAACGAUUAUGGGCAAGCGACUGGCUACACACCCUUUGAUCGACUACACGCAGGUCAAGGGCACUUCGACAUUGCCCCCUGUACCUUUUCCACAGACAAAUGAUACGCGCCCGUUGGCCGGCAUCAAGGUUGUUGAGCUAGCCCGUGUAAUUGCUGGCCCAGCAAUGGGAGCAGCUCUUGCAGCCCUUGGUGCGGAUGUCAUCAAAGUUCAAAGCCCCAAUCUCCCCGAUCUGCAACCUUUGAGUAUCACGCUUACAGCCGGUAAACGUACAUAUGCGCUGGACCUCCAGAAGACUGCAGACAGGAAAGCCUUGGUCGACCUUAUGGCGGGUGCAGAUGUUAUUAUCCAAGCAUUUCGGCUACGCUCCCUCGAGCGGAAGGGCUUCGGGCUACAGGACCUAGUCGAAAUAUCGAGGCAACGCAACAAAGGAAUCGUCUACAUCGAUCUCAAUACCUAUGGUCCGGACGGCUACUACGCCGAACGCCCAGGAUUCCAGCAAAUUGCCGAUGCUGCUUCCGGAUGCUCUUAUGUCUGUGGUAAGGCUUAUGGAUUUGAGGAGGGUGUCAGUGUGCUCCCUGCUCUUCCCGUUGCCGACAUGCUGGCUGGAGCGGUGGGUGUCGUCAAUGUUCUCCUUGCUCUGCGUGAUCGCGCAGCCAAAGGUGGAUCGUACCACGCCACUUCCGUCCUAACAUCGGUGGAUGUGAUACAACUGGGAGAGACAUUUGGACUGUAUUCAUCGGAGACAGUGAAGAAAAUUCAGGACAAGUUUGGUUUCAAACCCAUGACACCGGACCUACAUGUGGAAGAUCUUCUCUACAUUCUUGGGGAGGCUUGGACAAAACAUCCGGACAUUCUGCGCCGUGACGGGUAUAUGGUCACCUUCGAAAAUACGGUGUAUGGAAAGAAGCAUACAAUACUGUCCCCGAUCAUUCGAUUUGACAAUGAUGACGUCAGUCCCCGCUGGAAUCAUGGCCCUGUGGGAUAUUGUACGUCAAAGCAUGAGACUUGGGCAUGAUUACACAUUGGCGAAACUGCCUGUUGCAAUGGCCACUAGAUAAAACUAGUCCCAAUCCGGCACUCAUGGCAAUUUUAUUCCGUCGCCCUCCUGGAAGCAUUUUGAAUCACCUGUGAUAUCGCUUUACAUGUAAUGUUCUU